AUGGGAGUGUUCUCCUCCUUCAUCAGCUCUAUCACCAGCACGGUGAGCUCUCUGCGAACAGCGCGGCAGGAGAACUUCCAGCAACAAUCAAAGUUGCUGCGCUUCUUCAACGAGCGCAAUCUGUCAAUCGAUCUAUAUGGUCAGGUGCAGGAGUUUCUUGGGAAGCAAGGAGUGUUGGAAGUGCGAUUGAAGGAGUCCGAUGUCAGUCUGAUUCAAAACAUACCGGAAAGAUUGAAGAUGCAGUUGCAUGAUGAAAUGUUUGCCUCAACCUUGUACUGCCUGGGUAUGUGGCCAACUUGGAGCCAGACGCGUGACCAGCCAUUCUUUCGCAACCUUUGCCACCAUGCCAUGACGGAGAAUGUUGCUACUCCAACGCAAGAUGCUUUCAUGUCUGCUACAGACUGCACCGGUGCUUAUGUUCUGCAGUCUGGUUCCAUGCGAUACCUGGCAAAGCAGAAGACAUCAUCGCAAAUCAUGGACAUGGUACGACAGAAGAUUGAUCAGGGUGCCGUUCUGUGCCUGCCAAGCUUGUGGGCAGACUGGCAACAUCGCGGACGUUUGACGGCAGAGUACGGCACGUGCUACUACAUGAAGAUUGAUGCUGAAAAGUUCUGCAGUAUUGCCACCCAAUACGGCGGACCGCUUUGGCAGUGCUUGCAGAUUUUUGGCAUUUUGCUCAUCGGUGCUGUUGACAAUCGAGAUGAGCAAGGCAUCAUGAUUACCGACCUCGGUUUCGAGGAGAAGGAGCUAGACCGGGUCGUAAUGCGAGCACAGCGAAUCGCAGCCAUCAUGAACGCGCAUGCAGACGGGGAUGUUUUGGUCGCCUCAGCUGCCUCAGAUCAUCUGUUUCUGGCAGAAGGGCGUUUGCUCAAUGGCCUCAGCACGCUCAGCGCCACUGCUCCGGGCAGCUCGGGGCCGCCCUGGGUGGAGGACGUCUACGGCCUCGACCGCUUCGAAAGGAAUGCGAGCCAAAGUGCCGCUGAGUUUGGCCCCGAGGGGAAGAAACGGGAGCUUUCCAGGCCUUUCGCGUUUCCAGAUCUGCCCCUCCGGAGCACGCGAAGAGAUUCGUUGCUGAGCAUGGGCUAUGCCACCUGGUUUCUGUUGCCAGGACUUGUCAUUGCUCAGGACGCUGGCGAUGACAACUCCACUAACUUCACUAACAGCACCCCAAAUUGUACGGACAACUUCACUGCUUGGAAUGAUUCGAAUUAUACUGGCUUGCCGCCCUGUCCGGCAGUGCCUGCGCCUCCGUGUUACACGGACAAUUGCUGGGGCACGAUUGCAAGAGAGGCGAUCAAUUCGUGCAUGGAGUUAACGAACUGGGGUGCAGACGCAGGUCGCUGCCAGUUUUUCAUGGAGUCGGCAUCGCAGGUGUGCAACGCAACAUGUCAGGACUGCAACGAGAUAGCAUCCGCCAUGUAUGAUGAAUGCCUUUUCACACUUCUGGCUGCAACGGUUAACUUUGAUGAUGCCAUACCCACAUGCGAGGGCUUGGCGGCAGACUUCCGGGAUCUUCGAUGCCCCACAGCGCUGAUCGACGUCACAUCCACCUGCUACACACAGGAAUACCAAGAUUGUCAGGCUCAAUGCGGCAAUUGGCACAAGUGUCACUGCUGGAAGUUGAGGGGCAUUCCUGGCGAGCCAGACCGCUGCGAGGGUGAGACCGAGCUGCUGCGCUGGGAUGGUGUGCCAGAUAACUGUGAUGCCAUGCCUCGAUCCUGCUUCAACCAUCGACCGGGCAGUUUCUGCGCGCUCUACAGACAUUGUCAACCGGAUCUGUGUAUUAUCCAGGACAAGGUGUGCCAACUCACGGACAGUUGCCAAGCCGUGGCAGUUUGUGAGCCAAGUGAUGGCGAGUGCUACUACACCAGCCGACCGGAUUUCACACCCUGUGAUGACGGCCUGCACUACACGCACACGGACAUUUGCAUCGGGGCCGUUUGCAGCGGAAUCGAGGACAAGUGCAUCCGCUUCAAUGUCACGUGCCAGACCUUGAACAACUGCCUGGUUCCGACGGGCAAAGUCAGGAAUGCAUGCGACCCAUCGACCGGGAGCUGUGUCUUCGAAGCACGACCAGACGGUACUGCCUGUAGCAGCCAGCCCGGUGGCCUCAUCGAUGGCACCUGCGACGCCGGGCUGUGCCGGCGAACAGUGCUGAACAAAUGUUUUGGAAAGGUGUGUUCCAGCAAGGAUGCUUGCGCUGGAGUAUCAGCCUGCGAUCCAUGGACGGGGGAGUGCAUUUCUACUCCCGAGCCCGAGGGCAAGGAGUGUGACGACGGCAAUCCCAACACCUAUCGAAAACGUUGUGUCGAGGGCCAGUGCGUUGGAGACCUUAUUCAAACACCUUUGUAUGCCUUCCAGGGCUGGCGGAGUUGCGACCACAGCACAGUGGUCGAAGCCUCCGGCAUCGAUUUCACCACUGUCGAGCGAUACUUCGGCAACGUUCUCGCAGAGACAGAAUGCGAGGACUGGCCGCGCUGUAGGGCUCUAGGCUACAUCUACGGAGGCUGGCCUUUCAUGAGCAAGCAUGGACCACGCACCAUAGAUCCCAGUGAGGAGUAUUGGGGCAAGAAGUGGAUGCGACUGGAGCCCGCUGCAAUGCCUGCUGUCAGUCAUGGCAUCUCUUGCUUUGUCAAGCAGGACAGCGAAAGGGCCCGACCAUUCAUUGAUGAGAAGGCUGCGUGGUUCUUCAUCACUGUUCUCAUUGUGGUUGUCUUGCCAGCCUUGUGGGGCCUUGUGAUGGUCUGGAGCCCCCUCUCGCGCUCCUUCAGGUCACUCACCGGUUGCUGCGGUGGGGUACCAGACGAUGAGGAGUUUGAGGAGCCCGUAAAAGAAGGUGGACCAAUGAGGCAGACUCGAAAAGAUCAGCUGAAGAGAUCGUCGUCACAGCUCUCCAUCUCCGACGGGAACUCCGACUCUAAGGUCCUUGCCACAGGGGAGGUAUACUGGCCAGAGGAUGACUUGCCAUCAGAGAGCAGUUCGCGGAUGAGUGUGGAUGCUCUUGCAGAUCAUCCUAGUGCCGUGCCAUCGGAUGAUCUCGAGCAGGUCAAGCUACACAAGGCGGCGGCUGCAGAGUCUCCUCGUUCGCCGAACGAUCCCCGUGGCCAGGUGCAGCAGGAUCUCGCAAAACAGGGCUCUGCCGAGGAGCUAUCCACGGAAGCGAGCAAGAACAGCAAGGAGGAGCCGGGUGGAGCAUAG